CGUGCGGUGCGGCUGAAUCGUGAACAGUAAUUCCAUCUCUUCUCCCACCCCCAAACAAUCAUCAUGUCGCCCUCCAACACAUCAUUCUUCUUCAUCUCCGACGCCUUCUAUCCAAGCUCCUGCUUUCACAAAGUCAUUCCCCUCCUGCAAGCCCGCGGCUACUACGUGCGCGCACUCGAUCUGCCUUCCAUGAACCCUGUGCUCAAAGAGAAAGGCAAGACUCCAGGGCUGUACGACGACGCAAACUACGUCCGAGAGGUCGUCUCCGGACCUCUCGAUGACCUGCGAGAAGGAUCCAAUGUCAUCUUGGUAGCGUGCAGCUACGGCAGCGCCGUGGCGUUCGAAGCAUGCAAAGGUAUCACUGCUGAGGAGAGGCGACAGAAGCGAAAGGGCCCAAGUAGCGGCGGACAGUUGAAGCAUCUAGUUUUGCUGAGUUCAGUGCUUGCUGAGCCUGGACCGACAAUCGAAGAAUUAGUCGGCGCAAGCAUCCCCAUUGACCCAAAGACGCACUUGCCCGUUACGCACAUCGACCCCUUCGACGUGGAGCUCGCAGGCCCUGUGCUCUUCGGUGCUUUGCCCGCAGAGGAGCAGGAGUACAGUGCUGCAGCGGGCAUGUCCAUCUCUUCAAAGAUCUUCUUUGAACCACUGACAUUUCCUGCGUGGAAAAAGGUGCCUACUACCGUUAUCAUUGGAAAUAAGGACUUGGCUAUGCCGUCAGAGAAGCAGCACGAGUACUUUGACAAGGCGGUGGAACGGGGUGUGCCCAGCCUGAGGAAGGUCGUGGUGGAGGGAGGCGAUCACAUGUUGAUGUUGAGCCAUCCUGACAGGGUUGUUCAAGUCUGUUUGGAGGCUGCCGGGGAUGCGUAAAACAUAAGAAUUCAAGGUAAUGGCAAAAAUGUCCGCACUCGAAGUAUAACUCUUCAGACUCGCGAUAGUUCAACAAGUAGUCCCCAGGCGUAGGCGCUUCUUCGAUAGUAUUUACCGUUUAUUUUUGGAUGCAUGACCCACGUGCUACUAGGAGAGAGAACCCAAAAUGUCUAAUCCGCGCCCACGCCUGUUGAGCCAGCUACGGGAUUCUGCGAACCUACAU